UACUUGUAGGUAGAGGAUCUCAUUUGGGUCACCGACGGUGACCCGACUCGCGCACCUCCUUUUCCAUAAGGGUUGUGUAUUCGUACAGUCACAACCCGUUGCUUUCAAAGCAGGUCGGUUUCCAUUCCGUUAUACGCGCCACGAAAAAUGAAAUUACUCGGACAAUAUUACAAAGAAAUCGAGCUCCUCGACGACGGCCAUGGUGGAGUUGUCUAUAUAACUCUGCUCAUGCCUACUUCACUGCUUCCAGACUUCGAGCCCAUUUGACGUGCUUCCAUUCGAGAUAGUUCAAUCGGUCGCUUCCUCGAGUCGCUCUAGGGCUCGAUCGAGAGAACGCUGCGCGAAUCGGGAUCGAUCCGUUCGAUUUAGGGGUUUCCAGUGGCGUUCUUCGGCAGGAACUGGCAAUUGUGCUGCGAUCGAGGCGAUUGGCUUAGGUUUUGAUGGAAUCGGCUGAGGCCCCGCAGAUCUCGGGCGUCAGAUCGGGGAGUUCCGGCACCUGCGCGGCGGAGAUCGCGGAGUCCCUCCGUUUCGAGGAGGAGAUCCAGAGUCUGAUCGUCCACCCUAACUUCGAGGCUUCUAAUGGGAGCUCCUUCACCGCGCUUCUUGGCCUCUCCGGCAACCAGGCCGCGGAGCUCCUCCACGAGCACGGCCUCACUGCGGCGGCCUCCUCCCCUGCUGGCGCCGCCGAGAUGUGGCGACUCCGCCUUGGAGGCGACCGCGCGGCGGGGGAGCUCCGCCUUCCGCUCGGUUGCUCCCCCACCUUCCCCUCCGACGCUGCCAUCGUCGAGAGCGCGGCGAGGUUUUCUGUCUUCGCAUCCGAGGAGUCCCCCACUUCGAGCUCCGGAGGAGGCAUCUCGCCGAGGCUGAAGGUGGAACAGCUGGACCCCGAUUCGCCCCCUUCCGUCCCCGUUCUCCCCUCGCCGAAGACGAAGAGAUCACCGGCGAAGAGGAAAGGGACGUGCGAGAAAAGCAAGGCGAGGGGAACAGCAAAAAAAAUCAAGAGGACCGAAGAGAAAAAAGACCCAACCAAGGCCACGGCGACGGAGGAAGACACCGCCGACGAGAAGCUCCCCUACGUUCACGUCCGCGCUCGCCGAGGACAAGCAACCGAUAGCCACAGCUUAGCAGAGCGGGCUCGAAGGGAGAAAAUAAAUGCGCGGAUGAAGCUUCUGCAGGAGCUGGUCCCCGGCUGCAGCAAGAUAACAGGUACAGCUUUAGUUCUUGAUGAAAUCAUCAACCACGUACAGUCUCUGCAAAGGCAAGUUGAGUUCCUGUCGAUGAGACUUGCGGCAGUCAACCCGUGCAUCGAUCUUAGCUUCCUGGACCACAUUUUAUCGACGCAGUGCGAACCUGGCGCUGGUGCUGCUAACGGAAGAGAAGCGUUGGCCUGGAAUCCUGCUCCGUGGUCACCGGAUUCCGCUAUUGCAGGCGAAGACGUACGACGACUACUACUGCCGCGGCAGUACCAGGUCUGGCACCUCGACCUCCUCGGCCCCCAACAAUCAUCCAUGGCGUGGGAGAGGGAUGCAACGCCGCAUCACAAUGCCCUUCCCUUCCCCGGGACAGGAACCGGGACCUCCCUCUUUGGCUAUGAUAGCACCAAUUCAGGUAAUCUCUCCUCCGAUUCUGUUGCAUUAAACUCUGAAUUAACUAAUCCAAUUGCCAAACGGCUCCUAGAGUUUUAUUAAGAUAUAUAUUUAACAGACAGGUGACAUUUUGGCAUCGUGAUGAUAAAGUAUUGAGGGGUUUUAAUAUUAAUAAAACUUUGGGGGUAGAGUGUAGCUGUGCAGAGAGCUAGCUAAUUUUUUUUUCUUUCUCAAACUUAAAUGCGCACCUUUUUUCCAAUGAUUUUUUUCCCCCUUUGCUACGAGAUCCGUUUCUUGGGGAUCGGAAAUGCUUACUGCCGUAUGGCAUCGCAGAGGACCCAGCGCUAUAAAUAAUUGCUUCAGGCAACGAGGGACCUCCUGCAAUGCGCCACAGCUGCUUAUUCCAAUCUGGUCCCAUUGGUCCCCUCACCAUGUAGAUUUCCUCUACAAGUCUCUGUCUCUUCUUCUGACGGCCUUCUGC